AUGAAAAAUUGGAAACAUAAGUUUUUUUAUUUAUUGAUUACAAUCACUUUUCUGUUUCUUUCAAAAGUAAAGGGCCAACAUAUAUUUUAUUUCAAUGAAAAUGUUACAAAACUGAAAAGCAAUGAAACAGAACCUUUAACUAAUAUUAUAAUUCCAUAUUUUUCUAAUAUGAUUAGUAAUGAUACUUUGAAUAACACACAGGGGAAUAUCAUUAAAGCAAUUGUUGGGUUUGAUAACUUUAUUUUCGAUAUUGCAAGAAAUAUUACAAGCGGAAUGAGAUUUGCACAAUUUUUAUUUUUAAACAAAACAAAAACUUUUAUUCUUCCUUUUAUAAUGUUUCCAGAUCAAAAAAGUUUUAAAAAUUCUAUUUUAAACAGUACAGAACUAGAUUCUUCAAAUUUAGGCAAUCUUUUGCCGAUAAAUGUCAAUUUAACAAACCCUGAAAUCGGAAAUUUUACAAAUUCUACCCUAGAAAAUGUUUUUAUUAAGCCUGAAUUAUCUAUUCCAUAUCUGAGAGGUAGUAAUAAGAUCAUUAGAUACAAUGAUACAACAAAUGAAAUAGCAAAGAAUUUCACAGAUUUAUACACAAGAAAUGAAUCAGGGAAAAUAGUGAAUUCCACUAUGGUUAGAUUAAAUAAAUUCUUAGUGCAAUCAAAUAAUGACACAGUUAACUUCAAAAAUAAAACUGCUACGAACAGAUUUCUUCAGUUUACUUUAUCUUUUGGAUUAGGAGAACUUGGCAAUGAGUAUACAGACCCAAGUUUAAUUAAUGGAGAUGGAAUCCCUGAUGUAGGGAAUUCGCCUUUUUUUAUUCCAGGUUAUAAUCCAUGGGAAACUACUUUCAAUGAUUACGAUAGUAUCUAUGAUAAUGGAUUUGGAUUAGAUUAUGAAUAA